GGCCCGGGGCUGAGUCAGCAGCGGCCCAGCCCUUCGCCUCCGCCUCCCGCCCCGGCCUCGCUCGCCCGGCGCCACCAUGAGCUGCGCCGCCGCGCUGCUGGGGCUGAGGGGCGCCGCUGCCCCCCGGCUUCUGCGGGCAACAAGCAGCCGCCGCCGCUGGAGCAACCUGGGCGGCGGCUCCUGCGAGCCCCAGGCGGGCGCGGCCGUGCGGGUGGGCUGCGCUGCGGGCUUCUGGGGAGACACGGCGGCCUCAGUUCCUCAGCUUCUCUAUGGAGGAAAACUGGAUUUUCUAGUUUUUGAUUAUCUUUCUGAAAUUACAAUGUCUCUGUUGACAGCUGCAAAAGCCAAAUCACCGGAUUUGGGUUACACUCCUGAUUUUGUGUUGACUGCAAUGGGUCCCUAUAUUAAGGACAUUCACAGGAAAGGUGUUCGUGUCAUUAGUAAUGCUGGUGGAAUGAAUCCACUUGGGUGUGCUGCUCAUCUUCAAGAGGUGGCAAAGAAAGCUGAUGUUGAUUUGAAAAUAGCUGUUGUUGCUGGAGAUGAUCUGAUGGGCGAGAAAGACAACCUAAAAGGAGAUGGUAUCACAGAUAUGGAGAGUGGAAAGCCAUUUCCAGAGAAUAUUCACAGCAUGAAUGCAUAUCUUGGAGCAAGACCAAUAAGCAGGGCUCUUGACCUUGGAGCUGAUAUUGUUGUGACUGGUAGAUGUGUUGAUAGUGGCAUUGUAUUAGGACCACUCAUUCAUUCGUUUGGCUGGAACAGGGAUGAGUUUGACUUGCUAGCAGCUGGAAGUCUUGCAGGCCAUCUCAUUGAAUGUGGUGCUCAGUGUACAGGUGGAAUAUUCACAGACUGGCAUACUAUUCCAGACUGGCAUAACAUGGGGUUUCCCAUAGUAGAAUGUUCUUCUGAUGGAUGCUUUACUCUAUCCAAACCACCUGACACAGGGGGCCUAAUCUCUUUUGGCACCGUGGCUGAACAGUUGGUGUAUGAAAUUGGCAACCCUCAGUGUUAUCUCUUACCAGAUGUCACAUGUGACUUUUCUCAAGUUUCCAUUACUGAAAUUCCAGGUAUUGAAGGUGGGGCAGUGAAAAUUCAGGGAGCAAAAGGAUCACCUCCUUCAACGUUUUAUAAGGUAAAUGCCACUUACCUGGAUGGUUUUAGAGCUACAGCUGUCUGCCCAGUGAUAGGGCCAAAGGCAGUGGAAAAGGGAAGACAAACUGCGGAAAGCAUUCUGAAAAGGACUCGCCUUAUUUUCAGUCAGCUUGGGUAUGAAGAUUACUGUGCAGUUAACAUACAAAUUUUAGGUUCUGAAGAUACAUAUGGACCCCAUGCGAAAAAGAAAAUAGAUGAUGGUCCACGGGAAGCUGUUAUCUGGCUUGCUGUACACCAUAAGCAGAAAAAGGCUGUGGAAAUCUUCUCCAGAGAGAUUGCACCAGCUGGAACUGGAAUGGCACCUGGUCUUACUGCAGUUGUUGGAGGACGUCCAAGAGUGUCUCCAGUUCUGAAACCAUUUUUCUUCCUUUAUCCCAAAAGAAAUGUCAAGAUCAACAUCUUUUUGAAUGGACAGCAUGUUGAAACAUUUCAGGAAGAUCUUACAUUUACGUCAGAUGCAGUUGUUUCAUUUGAUUCACCAAAGACUGAUGAUGAGUUAAAAGAAAACUAGGACAUUCAAUGGCAACAAACUGCUGAAGCAAAACUACCUCUGCGUUGUGAUCCGUCAUGCCCUUGCAGAACACUGAAUUGAGCAACUUCUGAAAACCAGGAAAUACAGCAUUGUUUGCCAAUGUAACCGUAACUCUGCCCUCUUUCAACAACCCUGUUAACACUCGUACCUUACUCUGCCAGUCCCACCGUUGUUGAAAUGUACAAGCUCUUCAUCUCCUCUUACAACCCAUUCUCUCACCCACAGAAUUCCAUUUACCACUACGGAAAGAUAAUAAGGAACAAAAAAUGCUCACGCCACCUUUCCUCUGGAAAGAGUAGCGAGAGUUCUCUGGCUGAGCUGUAGAGCCAGAUCAGGCUGGUGCAAGCAGAAGGCAGUCAGGGAAUCACCAGCAAACUUCCCCAGGCCACAGAGCCAUGACCAGAAGGGACAGCCAGAGAGGGCUGAAGGUUGGGGAAUGAUGGAGAGGUGAACUAGCUGAUGUCUCCAGGAGAAAGCUAGAACCAGACCUGAGAAUUAAACAAGGAUGAGAAGCACCCCAGCUAGAGAGGCUAGGGUUAGGGAUGGUGAGAGAUGCCAGAGCCAUACCUGAGAGGCUAUGCAGAGUGAGAGAUGCUGGAGCUGUACUGGAGAGCUGGAAAGUGAUAAGCGACACCAGACACGUACUGGAUGUGUCAAUGGACUAUUGGGACUUGAAAGACUUAAUUUACUCUUUGGACUGUGCUAGGGAAUUCUGAAUUAUGGUUGUGGGAAUUUUGUAAUAAAUUACCCCACAGAGCUAGUUAUACUCGAAAAGCUUGCGUGGAAUUACUGCAGAUUCAGGAAGAAAGGAGAAACGGAGGCAGGCUUAUCUGUUGUACUGCAGCUUGCCACAGGAGAAAUGUGGGCAGGCGAUUGGCCCCUGGGAAGAGGGAUACUCAGAGUGCCUGGAAUUUGGAAAGGGCCACUAUGAGGCCACCCCAUGUCAGACAAACAUGGAGUUCACAGGAAACCAAUUCCUAUGUUCCUGUCAAAUUUAGCUAAUCAGAUUCUUUGAGGGAAUGCCAAAGAAAUUCAGGGAGGGCAAAGCAGUGGCUGAGCCUGACCUAUCUUUCAUCAAGACAAAACUUUCCAUAAAAAUAAAUAUAUUUAGAGAAUUUGAGGUUCAGAGCUAAAACUGAUGGGACCGUAUGGUACUGAAAGUCAUAGUGAUGGGCUGCUAGUUAUCCUGAAAGUAGCAAUUAGCUGGAAAUUGAAGGUUUUUCAUACACUAUUUAUUGACAAAAUUGCCCACUGCAUUUUAAUAACAUAUAAUAGCUGUGAAUAUCCCCUUCAGGUCAGUCCAGGAUUGUCAUUAUUUCAGGUCUGCCCACCAGAGAAAUGUGAGAUGUUCCAUCAGGCUCUUGAGCUCUAUGUUGUCAGAUAGUCUCAACCUCUAGAUUUCAUGUUAGAAUUGUUUUUCGUAAGGUAUAUAAUUCUUCGUAACAGUUUAAAGGAAAAUACCAAAGUACAGAUCUGCCAAGAUGUUUGAUGUAUCUUGGGUACCAGGUCUAAGUCAGCUGAUGCAGUAUUCUCAAAACUGGCCAACAUGUUCUGUGGUAUUGGAACAGGUAUAGAACGGUUGAUUCUGAGGAGCACACCACCGGGGAUGACUAUGCCUGAGUAAAGAUGGCAGGAUUGAAAAUCAGUCAGAGAUCAGUGUCUAAUUGCCAUUUGUGCCUUCAAAAAUAUCUUCCUCUAUUUACAAUCUUAUCCUUUGAAAUAGAUGCUUUUUAAUAUGUGGUUAUUUAUAACUAACAUAGAACCAAAUUAUACCCUUGGAACUCUCAUUUAAAUCAGGUGCAAAUGCUAGUCUGGGGGCAGAAUUUAAUCUAUAGCUGGGGGUUCCAGGGAGAGUUAAAUUAAGAUUAGGAAAUGACAAUUUGGUCUAAUUAGGAAACAAGAAGCUAUUGCCCUGUUUAAUAAGUGCUGGCAGUCUAUUAUGUCCCCAAUCUGUCAAGGAAAUUGUUAAUGCUAAAUGCUAAUGAAACUCAUUGCUAUCAAAUGCCAUCUCAGCAUCAGGGAGAGAUCAUGUCUCCUGAGAUAUUUGACAUCAACAGUUAAGUUC